CGCCUGCCCGCCCCUUCCGCCAGCCCCUUCUUACCCCGGCGGCGGGGCCCGGCGGCGGUGCUGAGUCUCUCCUCUGUGCCCUAGGUGCCCGCUCCCGCCGCCGCCGCCGUGGCCAUGGCCCCCGCAGCAUCAGACCUGAAACUUGGUAAAAAAGUUAAUGAAGGGAAAACGAAAGAAGUGUACGAGCUGCCAGAUAUCCCGGGAUGUGUUCUCAUGCAGUCGAAAGACCAAAUAACAGCGGGAAACGCGGCCAGGAAGGACCGAAUGGAGGGGAAGGCUGCCAUUUCCAACACGACAACUAGCUGUGUGUUCCAGCUGCUUCAAGAAGCCGGAAUUAAAACAGCUUUUGUCAGGAAACAGAGUGACACAGCAUUCAUAGCAGCUCACUGUGAAAUGAUCCCAAUUGAAUGGGUGUGCAGAAGAAUUGCUACUGGUUCCUUCCUCAAAAGAAACCCUGGUGUCAAAGAAGGAUAUAAGUUUUACCCACCCAAAAUUGAGAUGUUUUACAAGGAUGAUGCUAAUAAUGAUCCACAGUGGUCUGAGGAACAGCUGAUUGAAGCAAAAUUCUGUUUUGCUGGACUUACUAUUGGCCAGACUGAAGUAGAUAUAAUGGCUCGUUCUACUCAAGCCAUUUUUGAAAUCUUGGAAAAAUCAUGGCAGCCUCAAAACUGCACUCUGGUAGACCUGAAGAUUGAAUUUGGUGUUAAUAUUCUGACAAAAGAAAUUGUUCUUGCUGAUGUUAUUGAUAAUGACUCAUGGAGACUGUGGCCGUCAGGAGACAGAAGCCAGCAGAAGGACAAACAGUCCUACCGGGACCUGAAAGAAGUGACUCCUGAAGCACUGCAGAUGGUCAAGAGAAACUUUGAAUGGGUUGCAGAAAGAGUGGAGUUGCUUCUGAAAACAAAGAGCCAAGGUAGAGUGGUAGUGUUGAUGGGAUCUCCUUCUGACCUGAGUCACUGUGAAAAAAUAAAAAAGGCAUGUGCAGCCUUUGGAAUUCCUUGUGAGUUAAGAGUGACGUCUGCUCACAAAGGGCCAGAUGAAACCCUGAGGAUCAAAGCAGAGUAUGAAGGAGAUGGAAUCCCAACAGUGUUUGUUGCAGUAGCUGGCAGAAGCAACGGUUUGGGGCCAGUAAUGUCUGGUAACACUGCUUACCCAGUUGUCAACUGUCCUCCGCUCUCAGCUGACUGGGGUACUCAGGAUGUGUGGUCUUCACUCAGACUACCCAGCGGUCUUGGCUGUCCUACUACGCUGUCACCUGACGGAGCUGCCCAGUUUGCUGCCCAGAUAUUUGGGUUAAACAACCAUCUGGUGUGGGCCAAACUGCGAUCAAACAUGUUAAACACCUGGAUCUCCUUGAAGCAGGCUGACAAAAAACUUCGAGAGUGCACCUUGUAAGUCAUACUAACAAGUAACUUUUAUCAGUUAUGCAAAGAUAAUGGCGUGCAUAUUCAUUCAUAUUAGGAUUUACAUUUGGAUGAGCUGAAAGUCCUGCAUCCUUUCUUACAGAAGAAAGCAUUAUUAGAGCAGCAGAUGAAGUCUGUUUUGUCCUCAUCCUUCCCUUGUGUAUUUUUUUAAUGUGACAGCUAAGGAAAAGAUGGGGAAGUAGUAUUUUAGGUAUCUUUCUGUUGCUCCAAAAUGGUGCUGUUCUGCUCUUUAGUGUAUACUGUUAACUACAGACUGUCAAGAAAAUGAUUUGGUGCGAUCUAAAUAGAAUCCAACUAGUCUUCUCUAUUUCUGUAACAGUAAUAUUCUUCCAUAGUAAUAAUGUAUGUCUUGAACCUUAUUAACUCAACUGGACCGCUAACUAGAGCCACUGCUGAUGCUGUUCUGCUUGCAAUGAUGGUAUGCUUUCUUUAGCAAUAAAAUGGCAACAUAUCCUGUAUAAAUAGGAAAAGGGGCUGGAAAAAUGUUUUAAGAGCCUGGAAUAAAUACCUGCCUUAUUUAAAUAAUUUAUAUGCAUACAUGUAUUUUUUAAAAAAUAUGUGUGUGUAUAUGUACCCCAUUGAUACUUUCUGAAAUGAUGUGAUAAAGUUGAAACCAAUUUUCUUGUUCAUACCAAGCUAUAAAUACAAAUGGUUUGUGAGCUGUAACUAGGCUUGUUGCCUGUUUGCUGUAACUCUUGCCUAGUCCAGUCUUUGCCCUUUUAUAUACUAGGCAGAUCUCUACCUUCAAUAGUUCUAAAGGGCCUACAUGAUGUUGUCAAACUGUCUUCAUACACUUCAAUAACUCUAGCUAUGACAUAUCUGUAUUUCCUCACUCUGUUUCUAUGGAAAUUUUGCUGAACUGAAAGGGGGGAAUAAAUAUAAAGCAAAAAAGUACUGGGGGGAAGUUAAGCAUGACUGUCUUGUCUUUGCACACACCAAUCUUCUGAGUAGGUAUGAUUCUAACAAAUAUGCAAUUACUUGAGGUAUGUAACACUUAUGCUUUUACAAUUAUAAAUAAACUAUUGAAUUCAAA